AUGUCUUCAGCGAGAGUAGUCAACUCGAACAAACACCUAGAACGGGGGGGUCCGAAGUUUCACGUGACUGGGGAGAGGGAUUGGGUUUCUAAUUGGUUCCACAACUAUCGAAUGCGCAAUCGUAACCAUUCAACUAUGAAUCACUAUCAUCACAUGCGACAGAAUUCCUCUUCGAUCACCACAGAAUGUGAUAUGCACACCAUUGCCAAAUCUAAUGAAUCGAGCACCAAAGGGUCUAGCUCUUUUCCCUCUGAUCCGGAAGCACCGAAGAAUACUACCUUCUCUAUUCCUUCAGGGCUGCUUUCCAAUGGAUCUUCUUAUUUUCAAGAUACCCAUCACAAAAGCCACUCGUACCACUUUAAAAAGCAGCGGCGCAGCGCAUCUUCUACUUCACACCCCUCACCAUUGCAUCUCCAGAAUAUCGUGGCUGUAGAUAUCAGCAAAACAAAUAUUCAGCUUCAGCCUUCACCCAAUGAACCCUUGGAUUCUUCUUUGCCUGAUGAUACAAAGACCCUUAUCCCAAUGUCUUCUGGUUCUCGACAUGAACCCCCCUCCAAUUCCUACACUAUAGGACCGCGGCGUCGCAAAGGCAUUAACCCUCCUCGCAGACUAAUCUUCCCUUCUUAA